AUUAAAAGAUUACAAUUUUAUUAUACGAUCGAACAAUAAAUUCUUAACGGAAAUCAUCUCUACGUUUUAAUGGAAACAAUACUUUGUUAUUCCGUUUCGCACUGUGAACAAUACCUACAUCAGAACAGGUUUAGUUUGAGGAUCUUCAAAUAAAAUGAAACUAUUAGUGAAUCAGUUCCUAGUGAAGAAAAUGUGUACCUAUACAACAGUCCUCUUCGUGUUUAUUUUCCUUCAAGUUGCAAGGAGUGAGAAUCCAGUCAGCAAUCGUUUAUUCAAAAGGUCUCCUCAGCAAAUUGAUAUUCAGAGUAUACGACAGAAACAAAUCACCCCAGAAAUAACAGUUGUUGACGUUGUGGUUAAUGAACCAGGACGAAGAGGUUAUCCAAAUCAGAAUCAAUACAUUCAACAACCAGGAAGAUAUCCAGGUCAGGGCAACUAUUACCCAAAUAACCAAUAUCAGAAUGUUCCGAACAGGAGACAACCAGAAAUUCAGAUAAUUGAGGUUGUGGAUCCAAGACAGGUUCCUGGGAAUAAUCAACAAUGGCAGAUUUAUCCUCAAAACGGCCAAAUAUAUCCCAACAACAAUGGACGCCGCCCUGAAACUUACCCUGGAUCUGGGCAAAAUUACCCAAACCGUCAAGAUUACAGACCUAGACCCAACAAUGGUAACAGAUGGAAUAGAAGGCCAUACAGGCCAAACUCAGAUUUCCACAUACCACCAGAUGAUACUGACGAGGAUUUCCCACCCAGACCACCUCCACGCAGAGGCCCACCAAGAGGUCCACCAGGUCAAAGAGAUCCUCCAGGACCAAGAGAUCCACCAGGACAAAGAGGCAAAAGACCUAAACCGCCAAGACCAGGUCAAGAUGAAUCUUCAGAAGAGGAACAGUAUAUCUUUGAUAAUGGAGAGGGUACAGUUACUGGGUACACCAAAGACAACUUUCCAAUCAUCCCCCUUCAUAAAAAUGAUAUAAGAAGAUGAAUAAUUUCUGUACAUUCAUCGUGAUGUUAUAGAUUAGGUUAGGUUAGAUUAAGGAUGUUGAAUUCACGGUCAAGACAAACUUAAACCGUUUUUGAACAAUGAUCUACAACAAAAGAAGUUAGUAUAAAUAAAAUAUGAUUUUAUUGA